AUGCGACCCCAGCGUCUUCUCCCCCUGUUGGUAACGGUCGUUCUGGUCUGCUUUUCACUCAUCCUCCUUCGAAACUCCCCCAUAUCCAAUGGCUCUCGAACUAGCUCCCCGCUGCCUCCUCCCGUCCCAACUCCGCCGUCGCAGCCACCCGCCGAACAACAACAAGAACAACAGACGUCAUACGACCACGAGAACUCGCGUCCUGUCGACCGUCGCAUCCACCCCAUCUCCAGUCUGGUUCAAGAUGCCGAACAGGAGUUCAACCAGCUCCGCGCACGGCAGUCGCGCAAUCUCGCAGACGCUGUCCGCGAAUACCGCCGUCGCUAUGGCAUGAACCCUCCGCCGCACUUCGACAAGUGGUUCCAGUUUGCAAAGUCAAAGGGCGUCCAAUUGAUCGAUGAAUACGACACCAUCUACCACUCGCUACUCCCAUUCUGGGCGCUUCAACCGAGAACGAUCCGCGAGCGCGCUCACGAAGCUCUCGGCUUCGACAAUUCUAUGCUGGGAGUAUUGAUCCGCGACGGCAAGGUGACAUGGGUGGAGGGAGGCAGCGAUGGACAGAAGUGGCAGCGCGACGCUACGGCCGGCAUGUUGAAGAGCUUUGUCCAGUAUUUGCCGGAUAUGGAUCUGGUGUUCAACGCCCACGACGAACCCCGCGUGAUCGUGCCCAGCGAGGACCUGCAACGCUUGGUCGCGGUCGCCACGGAUCAUGCCAUUCCGGCGGCGUUCCAGAAUCCGUCGCCUGUCAACGCGUGGUCAGCGAAACCGAGCGAUCUCAACAAAGGCGAUCGCAUUGACGAAGUCCGCACAACUCGGUUCAAUCGAUUCGCGCACCAGCCGACGUGGACCAGUUCCCGGGCAUCCUGCGCUGUGGAUACGCCAGCGCGAUCCCUGGAUGAGGAUGGCCCCGAUGCGGCUAACCGAUACGCCUAUGGAGAGCUGGGGUUUAUCUACAAUGCGACCGCCUUCUCUGACAUCUGCAAUACGCCUUCACUCCGGUACAAGUAUGGAUUCUUCGACCGUGCGAACGCCUUCGAUGUGGUCCGCGACCUGUUUCCAAUCUUCUCGCAGAGCAAGAUCUCCAGCUUCCAGGACAUUAUCUAUCCCAGUCCGUGGUAUUGGGCUGACAAGGUGCCCUACACCGAAAACCUGGAUUACAAAUGGGAUGAUAAACAGGACAAAAUGUACUGGAGAGGGUCGACGACAGGUGGCUUCUCGCGAGCUGGUGGAUGGCGACGACAGCAUCGACAGCGGUUCGUUGGCCGCAUCAAUGCUUUGGACGCCGCCAAGGUCCUCGAGCGGAAUGGCCAAGGGCAAUGGGAAUCCAGGGAUGUGAACCGCCAAUCGUACCAAGACUUGUUCGACGUCAAGUUCACAUUUAUCGGGCAAUGCGAUGUGGAGGACUGCGCCGCGCAGAGGGAGUACUUCGAGGUUGCACCACCGGCGGGCCCGCAGGAUGGCUGGGCGUAUAAACACCUAGUGGACAUCGAUGGGAACGCCUUCAGCGGGCGGUUUUAUGCUUUCUUGAAAAGCAAUAGUCUUGUCUUCAAGGUGGCUCUCUUCCGCGAAUGGCACAACGAGUGGCUGAAACCCUGGCUCCAUUACAUUCCUCUCAGUUUGACGGGAGACGAGUAUCUGGAGACCAUGCGAUAUUUCACCUCCGAAGAGGAAGGGAAAGCAGCGGCGCCCCGGCUAGCGCAGCAAAGCCAGGAGUGGGCCAAAAAGACCCUCCGAAACGAGGAUAUGGAAGUGUGGUUUUUCCGAUUAUUGUUAGAGUACGGACGUCUGGUGGAUGACAACCGAGAGAACAUAGGAUUCACGAUGUGA